AUGCAUGCUCCGACUAUCCUCCAAUGGAAGCAUGUUAAACACCUCCUCCGCUAUCUCAAAGGCACUAUCUCACUUGAUCUUUGCCUAGCACCUGCGGUCUCUAAUAAUCUUAUUGCCUUUGUUGACUCCGACUGUGCUGGUGAUCCCGAUCAUCGUACCUCAACCAUGGCCUUUCUCAUCUACGACGGCAAUCUUAUUUCCUAG